UGAGGUAAAAAGAACAUUUUGUGGAGACUUUUGGGACAUUUUUGGGGCGCUAUUCCGUCAAAUAAGUUUGCAAAGAACAUGCUGACCGUGCAGAAGUGUCGAAUCACUGAGAAAUUCGCGAGAUAUUUGCGGAAAUUCUCAUCAAAUGCCACAAGGUCAGAUGGAAUCGAGAACACAUCAUCAGCUUCCGCUGGAGCUCCUCUCCGAGGAAUCCGUGUACUGGACCUCACGCGCAUCAUUGCAGGUCCCUAUUGUACCAUGAUCCUGGGAGAUUUGGGAGCAGAUGUGAUAAAGGUGGAGAAACCCGGAUCUGGAGAUGAGUCACGACACUGGGGACCUCCAUUUAUGCCCAACAGCACAGAUUCCGUCUACUUCAUGGCCAGCAAUCGCAAUAAGCGGAGUAUUUGUGUUGAUAUGAAGCGUGGGCGUUCAAUUCUCGAAGAUUUAGCUCGUAAAUGCGAUGUCUUGGUUGAGAAUUACGUUCCCGGAAAACUCAAGCAGUUCGGAUUGGACUACGAAUCACUCCGGAAGAUUAAUGAACGACUAAUAUACUGCUCUAUAACCGGCUACGGAAGUCGCGGUCCCUACGCCAAGAGACCAGGAUAUGAUGUUAUUGCUGCCUCUAUGGGAGGACUUUUGCACAUAACAGGAGCACAAGAUGGACCUCCGGCUAAAGUAGGAGUUGCAAUGACGGACAUUGCAACGGGGUUGUAUGCUCAUGGAGCAAUUCUGGCAGCUCUCCUGGCUCGCAGGGACACUGGGAGGGGUCAAAAGAUAGACGUAGAUCUCCUUUCAACCCAAGUCUCGUGCCUCAUUAACGUUGCCAGUAACUACCUGAAUGCCGGCUUGGAAGCAAAACGCUGGGGUACAUCGCAUUCCUCAAUUGUUCCCUAUCAAGCCUUUAAAACAACCUCAGGAUACGUGACGAUUGGUGCUGGGAGUGAUGCGCACUUUGAAGCUCUUUGCAAGUUCCUUGGAAUCCCAGAAAUAUCCAGCAAUCCCAAAUUCCUCACCAAUACACAUAGGGUGGAACACAGGAAGGAACUAAUUGAACUGCUGGAGGGUAUUUUCCAAAAGAAGAGUACAUCCGAGUGGAUGGAGGUCCUCAAGGAUGCUCCUUUUCCCGUGGCUCCCAUUAACUCCAUCAGGGAUGUCUUUGAAGAUGAACACGUAAAGGCUAUCGGGUUAGUCAAAAGCAUCCCACAUCCAGCUGCUGGAUCAGUUAAAGUUGUGGGUUCUCCUGUUAGCUACAGUGAAGCAGUCAACAGCGUCCGGACAGCUCCUCCAAUCCUAGGUCAGCACACAGCGGAAGUUCUGCAGGAAGUCCUGGAGUAUAGUCAGGAAGUUGUUGAGAAAUUGAUGAAAGAAAAAAUUAUACAAUAAAACUUUUUCAAAUUA